AUGACCAUAGGCGAGGCCUGUGCCCAAUACAUGGACACAGUGAGGCAGAAGCAUCAGGAGCAGUUUCGGGAGGCGCAGGCCGACGCCGCCUACAACCACCAUCUCUUCCAGGAGCACGUGCAGACGGAGGAGCAGAUCGCCGCGGAGCAGGAGGCGCUGCUCGAGUCAUACCGCUCCACCCGCGAGAGCUGCCUUGCACGCUGGCGGGAUCUUGAUGAUGUAGUUAGGUUCCCAAUUCAAGAUCUCCCAAAAGUCAUCAGCCCAAUGAAGCCAUUGAAUGUGGUCAGACCUGAAUCAGGGGAAGGUUUCAGGACAGCAACUGAAGUACUAAAGGAGAAAGAUAGUGACUAUGCCAUAUCAGAGGGAGAUGAUGACUUGUAUGUGAACAAUUGCUUUGAUGUUGUAGAGGAGAAUAGGAAUGAGGAACAAUUGGAUGUGUCAGAAGAUGAUGAGUUAAGAAGGCCAGAUUCUGAUGAUGAAGGAAUAAUUGAGAUGAACUUCAAGACAUUUAGGGAUGGAGAUUUAAUAAGCCCUAAGUUUCAUGUGGGGCAAGUUUUUCAGAAUGUGCAGCUGCUUAGGAAGGCUAUCAAAGAAUACUCAUGCAGGAACAGGGUCAACCUGAAGAUGCCAACUAAUGACAAGAUGAGGGUUUGUGCAAAAUGUGAGGAGGGGUGCCCUUGGUAUCUAUGGGCAUCCAAUGACAAUAGGACAAAGGCAUUCAUGGUUAAGAAGCUUGUGGACAAACACACAUUCAGCAAGAAAUGGCAAGUGAAAAGCUUCACAGCUCCAUACAUGGCAGAGAAGUAUUUGGACUCAUUUAGGGCAGAUGAAAACAUGAGCGUGAAGAACUUCUCUAGGGUGGUGCAGGAACAAUGGAAUAUGAAGCCUACAAGGAGUAAGCUUAGGAGAGCAAAAAGGUUGGCUCUUAAUAUUGUCCAUGGAGAUGAGGAGAAACAGUACAACAAGCUUUGGGACUAUGCAAAUGAAUGGAGAAGGUCAAAUUCAGGGAGCACAUUUUAUUUAGCAGCUGAUACAGAUGGUACUUUCCUACACUGCUAUUUCUCUUUGGAGCCAUGCAAGAGAGGGUUUAUGCAGGCUUGUAGGCCAGUAAUCUGCCUAGAUGGAUGCCAUUUGAAGACCAGAUAUGGAGGUGUUCUUCUCACUGCAGUUGGCCUAGAUCCAAAUGAUUGCAUCUAUCCAAUUGCUUGUGCUAUUGUUGACAUUGAGAACACUCACACCUGGAGGUGGUUCUUAUCCUCUCUGAAACAAGACCUAGUCAUUACUGAAACUGAUCUGUGGACUAUUAUGUCUGACAAGCAGAAGGGUUUGAUCAAAGCUGUCAGAGAUUACUUUCCACAUGCAGAGCAUAUGUUCUGUGUCAGGCACUUGUGGCAAAACUACCAACAGCAGUUUAGGGGUGAAGUGCUCAAGAACCAGCUGUGGAAAUGUGCUAGGAGCACAACUCCUUCUGAUUUUGAACAGAACAUGGAAGAGCUUAAAGUGAUAAACUUUGAAGCAUGGAAAUGGCUGUCAGGGAUGGACCCCAACACUUGGGUUAGGGCAUAUCAACAAGAGUUCCCCAAGUGUGAUAUUCUUCUCAAUAAUGCUUGUGAAGUGUUUAACAAGUACAUUCUUGAGGCUAGAGAGCUCCCCAUAUUGUCAUUGAUCAUGACAAUAAAAAAGCAGUUGGUGACAAGGUUCUACAACAAGAGAGAGGAAGCAGAAACAUGGGAUAGCACUGUUUGCCCCAAAAUUAAGAAAAGACUUGAGAAGAAUAAUGAUUUGUCAGCUACAUGUCAUGCAUCAAAUGCAGGGGAUGGAAUAUUCCAGGUAAUCUAG